GAGUUGAAAUGGAACGUUUGUGUGUGAUUCUCUUGCUUGUAAGUAAAACUUUCAUAGCGAAUGCGCAAUUCAAUGGGUUCAACUGUGAUGCCAACUUCCACAGCCGCUUCCCCGCUGAGCGGGACAUCAGUGUGUAUUGUGGAGUGCAAACCAUAACUCUGAAGAUUAAUUUCUGUCCGGUGCUUUUUUCUGGCUACACCGACACUGACCUGGCACUUAAUGGCCGUCACGGAGAUGCCCACUGCAGAGGCUUCAUCAACAACAACACGUUCCCCACGGUCGUGCUGUUUAGCAUCAGUCUCAACACCCUGGAGUCUUGCGGAAACUCACUGGUGGUCUCUACAGCUCAGGGGCCCAACGCCUAUGGGAAUCUUUCCCUGGUCCAGAUUGGGAAUAUAGCAGGAUACAUUGACACUCCGGAUCCCCCGACUGUCAUCAGUUACCUACCAGGACUGCUUUACAAGUUCAGUUGUAGCUACCCGCUGGAAUACCUGGUCAACAACACACAGCUUGCUUCGUCGGCCGCAGCGAUAUCAGUGAAGGACAGUAAUGGUACUUUUGUGAGCACGCUCAAUUUGCUUCUAUACAACGACUCCUCAUACAUUCAGAACCUCGCCAUCCCAAUGUCUGGACUUACUCUGAAGACCCGAGUGUUCGCCGCUGUAAAAGCCACCAACCUAGAUAGGAGGUGGAAUGUUCUGAUGGACUACUGUUACACCACUCCCUCUGGAAAUCCUAAUGAUGAGCUGCGAUAUGAUCUUUUCUUUGGCAGAUGCGAUAAGGACCCACAGACGACAGUGUUUGAGAACGGGAAGAGCCAGAUGGGUCGCUUCUCCUUUGAGGUGUUUCGCUUUGUCAAGCACAAAAACCAGAAAAUGUCCACUGUUUUUCUGCACUGCGUGACCAAGCUGUGUCGCUCUGAUGACUGCCCCAUGCUCCUGCCCAUCUGCGGUAAGAGGAAGAGAAGAGAUGUGUCAGAAAGAAGCAGUGGUGCCUCAGACAAUGCAGUUAUAACCGCUGGACCCAUCAUCACCCGAAGUGAUGAAACUCCUGGUAAUAUAUCCCAACUAGCACAGUUAAACGGCCCUCCAUUCAAAAUGAAUUCAGUGACGAGCGCUUUGAUUUCUGCCAUUGCAAUCCUCGCCGUUAUGAGCAUGUGUUUCUUCAUCUUGUCUAUGUCGUUGCUAAGGGGGAAACAGAUGCCAGCAACACCUCUAUCAGGAUCCCACAACCCAGCGUUCAGCUAA